AUGGCGGUGGUGGUGGUACGGUGGCGCGGCGAAGGGGAGAAAAGGAGGGAGAGAGAAACGCAGGCUGCUCUACUUAUAGACGGGAGGGAAGGCACGGGGAGGCGGUUCACGUGCUGGCGUCACAGGGGCGUCGGUGGCGAGGUGGCGGCCGGCGCCCACCAUUUUCCCCGGAGCAUGGGCACUCUGCGCCGGCCAGCGCGUGGGCCGCGGAAAUCACUGCGCAGAGGCAUGGGUAGCAGGGAGAGAGAGAGAGAGCAGAGGGUGAGCGGGGACUGCGGAGAGUGGUCGGGCGUGCGCGAGAUAUUUCCCGGAGAGACGGCGACCGGCGAUGUCGUCGUCGCGCUGGAGGGGAGAAGGAAGGAGAGGCGCGCGGACGCGUGCGGGCGGAUCAGCGACGCGUGGCUCAGCGGACCGCCGAGGGCGUAUGAGCUUAAACUCAGGAUGUUACACCUGCUCGCGCUGGGGGAUUGCUGGACCCAAGUAAGUUCCCAGGUUUAUGUGCUCAAGAUGAUAGAAAUUGAUGCUAGUGGCAGCGGGGUUUAUAUCUCAAUUUCAGGAGGCGGCUCUGACAGUGGAGUGAACCCUCAACUCGAAGGAUCUGAGAUUGACAAUGCAGCAAGUCUUCAUUGCUGUUAUGGUUGGACUGAGGACUGGCGAUGGUUAGUAUGCAUCUGGACAGAUUCUAGAGGAGAGUUAUUGGAUAGCUUAAUAUUUCCUUUUGGUGGUAUUAGUAGUCGCCAAGACACCAAAGUUCUUCAAAGCCUUUUCAUCCAAAUUUUGCAGCAGGGUUGUCACAUAAUGUCGUCUUCACCUGAGGCGACCAAUAUGAGACCAAGAGAUGUAAUAAUAACCCGAAUUGGAGGUUUCCUUGAACUUGAAAUCCAAGAAUGGCAAAAGGAAAUAUACUCUUUUGGUGUUAAUGUAGUCAAGAAGUGGCAUGUGCAGUUACGCCGGUCUAUACCUGAGGGUAUUCCAUCUAAUUCUAAUGGGCCGACGCACCAGCAGCAAUAUAUGACCUUAAUUCAACACAGAAACAUGCCUUCCUCACCAAGCCCAUUGUACAGCCCUCAUUCAAAAUCUAGCUUCAUGAAAGGUGGACUCGGGCAGUCAGACAACAAAAAGCAGAUACUAGUGGAACAAACUGGAAUGGACAAUUCAAGGGGUUCACUACACUUGGUUCGCAGCAUCAGUUUGGUUGCAGUUUCCCAAGAUCAUCCAUUGCAUCUCACAUGCCAAGGGGAUCUGUUGACCAGACCAACCUCUAGUGAAGGGAAUCAAGGUAGCAGUGGCGCUUCGAGUUACUUGGAAGGGUUCACUCCAGUGAAAUCCAUUGGCUCAAUGUCAGCAUCACACUCAUAUAUCCUAGUCCCUUCACCAAGUAUGAGAUACCUUUCUCCUGCAACAUUACAACUCCCGACAUGCCUUACAUCAGAAUCUCCACCACUUGCCCAUCUAUUGUACAGCAAAGGGACUGCGAUUCCCUUGGCAAUGGGCUAUGUUGUCUCCAAAGCCGUCCCACAUGUAAGAAGGGGCUCUGCACAACUCACCAAAGAGGACAGACCCGUAGUCCUCUCGAUUAGCAUCAUUGAUCACUAUGGAGGCAGCAUUGUUCAAGAAAAGAUGAGCAGAUGGGUUGACGGCAGUAACACGACGACUCGAGACUACCAGAUGGAGAUGCAUAAUAUGUUGGAAGCUGUUGCCACCGAGCUUCACUCCCUUUCUUGGAUGACAGUAAGCCCGAUCUACAUGGAAGGACGCACUAGACGCACUGCCUUGCCCUUCCACUGUGAUGGUCUUAGGUUGAGGCGGCUCCUCCACUUGCUGAUCGGCAUCUCUCUCAACCAGCAGAGAAGGGAGAGGUGGCUUAGAGGGGCGACUAAUUGGCAUUUGAUGAGGUACGCCUUUUUCAAAUAUGACUACUGCUUGUUUUCCUGCAUGCGGGCGCUUCUAAGAUUUAGCUUGCAGUCAAUUCCAGAGUUCUCCAAGUUAGAUGCUUUUCCUAGCUAG